GCUCCUCCCGCCCGGGGCCGGGCUCCCUCCCGCCCCCGAUAAAGGAGCGGGGCCCGCCGGCGGCCGGGCUAUUUUGGGGAGCGCGGUGGCAUCUCCGGGGACGAUAAGGGAGCGGGGAGGAGCUAAGCAGGGCCCGGGAUCCCGGCGGCUCCCCCGGCCGCCGGCCGGGCCCGCCUGCCCGCCUGCCCUUCCCGCGUUCUUCCCCCGGGCCCGGACCGAUGCCCUUUCCCGCUCUCCUUUAGGUGGGCUCCGGGGGCCCCCCGGGGCGCGCCAGCCCAUGCCCUCGCCCGGUGCCCGCUCACUGAUGCCCGCCGAGUCCGGUUCCUGCCGAAGCCCGUCGACGCGGUCGCCCGGCACCCCCUGAUGCCCUCGCCCGGUGCCCGCCGAGUCCGCUUCCUGCCGAUGCCCGUCGAUGGUCUCCUCCGGACCCCCUGACGCCCCGGCACAGUAGCCGCUGCCCCCCGUGCCCGGCCCCCGCCAUGCCGCACUCCAUCUCGGCCUUCCAGGCCGCCUACAUCGGCAUCGAGGUGCUCAUCGCGCUGGUGUCCGUGCCCGGGAACGUCCUGGUCAUCUGGGCGGUGAAGGUGAACCCGGCCCUGCGGGACACCACCUUCUGCUUCAUCGUGUCCCUGGCCGUGGCCGACGUGGCCGUGGGGGCACUGGUCAUCCCGCUGGCCAUCCUCAUCAACAUCGGCCCGCAGACCCACUUCUACACCUGCCUCAUGGUGGCCUGCCCCGUCCUCAUCCUCACGCAGAGCUCCAUCCUCUCCCUCCUCGCCAUCGCCGUCGACCGCUACCUCCGGGUCAAGAUCCCGCUCAGGUAUAAGCUGAUGGUGACCCCUCGGCGGGCAACCAUAGCCAUCGGCGGCUGCUGGGCCCUCUCCUUCCUGGUGGGGCUGACGCCUCUGCUCGGCUGGAACAACCUGAGCGUGGUGGAGCAGAAGCAGGGAACCAACGGCAGCCUGAUGAUCAAGUGCGAGUUCGAGAGUGUGAUCAGCAUGGAGUACAUGGUCUACUUCAACUUCUUCGUCUGGGUCCUGCCUCCGCUGGUGCUCAUGCUGCUAAUCUACCUGGAGGUCUUCUACCUCAUCCGGAAGCAGCUCAGCAAGAAGGUCUCGGCCUCCUCUGGCGACCCCCAGAAAUACUACGGGAAGGAGUUGAAGAUCGCCAAGUCCCUGGCCCUCGUCGUCUUCCUCUUCGCCCUCAGCUGGCUGCCCCUGCACAUCCUCAACUGCAUCACCCUCUUCUGCCCGUCCUGCAGAACUCCCAGCAUCAUCACCUAUAUCGCCAUCUUUCUCACCCACGGCAACUCGGCCAUGAACCCCAUCGUCUAUGCCUUCCACAUCCAGAAAUUCCGCCUCAUGUUCCUGCAGAUUUGGAACGACCACUUCCGGUGCUGGCACCGGGGGCCGCCCCUCCCCACCGAAGACGACUUCCAGGAGGAUAAGCUGGACAUUUAGGCCCGAUCCUGGCCCCGGUCCUCCCCAACCCCACCAUCUUAUCCUGAGCCUGCCCCUCUCUCCUCACCCCACCGUCCCCAAACUGGGAUGCUGGCCUUCCCGAGCCCAGGGCUCUCCCAUUUAGCUCCAUCCUGGGGGUUUUGCCGACACUGCCGUGGCAGGGCGGGGAGAGGGUCUUGAGGGGAGAGCCCCAGUAAAAGCAAUAUGGCUCUCUGGCUUUGGGGUGCCCAUCCCGGAGGGUGAAUUAUUUCAACCCAUCUGCACUGAGAGGGCUAUCCUCUCUCUCUCUCUCUCUCUCUCUCUCCCUUCCCACCCAUUUCUCAGGGUCCCUUUAGAUCAUCUUAGGGAUGAAGGGGAGAAGGAGUUUGUCCCCCUGCAAGGAAUGAUGCAGCCUGGGCAGCCGCAGGGCAUCCACACUGCUUCGACUGUCACAUCUGCCGGACCCCAUGUGUCUUGCCAAGAGGGAGAGGGUCUGAAGAGGAUGAGGAUCUGGGGGCAGGGCCUGGGCCUAGGGGAAGGGCACGUUGCUCUCAGAGAGGGAAGCUCCUAGAGCCCUUAGUUCUGACCUGAGCAUUGAAGUGAGGGAGAGUUGAUGGAAUAUAUGGUUCUCUCUCCCCAAGGAAACAUGGGGCCCAACCCUGGACAUACCCCAGUAUGCCUGGGGACCCAGCCCUGGGCUUGGUUAAGGCUGAAGGCCAUAGCAGAAACAUUUCAGAUUUCCCUUUCCAGAGGUCCAACCGAGGAUCUGGGGUGGGGAGCUGCAGCAGGGCAAAGCCACCCACAGGGCCCAACAUUCUUGCCAGAGCUGGGGCAGGCCAGAGAAGGGUCGAGCUAGCGGGGACUCUGGCAGCGCUCACUCCCCAGAGAUAAGCCGAGAGGGGAAGUUGUGGGGGAGGCCCUGUGCUAGGAGGCUGGUUUGAGGUUGAAGCCUGGGUGAACUCUGAGGCCUGGGGAGGAGUCAGAACAGCAGUGGAGCCAAAGCUGAACAGGGCCAGGCCUCCCCUUCCCUGACCUUGGCAGUCCCAAUCUGAGGCCUGCUGGGAAGCAUCUGGUCUCUGUCCUUUCAGCUUGGGGGCAGGACCUUCAUGUGCCAGGGCCAGGAGUCCAGGAAGAGGCUGGGCAGAGCAGGGCACAGGAUCUGCCAUGAGGUCUCAAUGGAGAGUAAGGACAGGCUAGCCACUGCUGAGACCAGGAGAGGGCAGGACCUGGCCGGGAUCCAGGUGGGUGCCCGGUCACUGAUGACUCUCUCUCCCGGCAGGUAGCGACUUUUCCUGGCAGCCCCCAGCUGCCUGGCGAAGGUGGAGGAUACCAAGCCUCAAGGUGACAGCUGAUCUGUGACUGCCCCAGACCAGGUCCUUGUGGAGGGGCUCACUGUCCCCCUCCUGGCACCUGACUGGCCCCACUUAGGCAUGGGCACCUUUGACAUGAGCCACGAUAGGAGAACUGGGAAUGGUGGCCAGGCAGGGGAGAGACUCCUUCUCCAUUGCCUAGCUAGCUCGAGUCCAGCCCUCGCCUUAUACCCCAGAUGCUUCCCCUCCCUCUCUCCGUGCCCCCACCGUAAAUUCAGGGGGCUGGGGAGGCAGGAGGUGGGAAAGGCUGAAAAUAAAAGAUCGGCAGAUA